AUGUUGGGGCAGGUGAACAAGAUCUUCCUGAUUUUCCAGACAUUAAAUGGUAUUCAGAACAGAUAAUCAUCAAUGACAACAGCACUGAUCAUGAAGACAUUUCCUACGCUGCCUACCGCCGACAGAGAUGCUAGUAGGAUGAAUCUGGCCAAUCUGGACCAAUGGUCGUUUAGUGUCACCGGUGAUACAGAUUCCACGGUGGACAGUACAUCACCGGUCAUGUUACCGGCAAAUGGGACUACCAUCCCACUGCAAUCUGUAAAAGAGGAACAAGAAUCAUUCAAAAUGUUUUUAGGCAUAGCACAUGAUAAAUACACAAUGUGUCUGUCAAAAAAUGCAGAAAUCAGAUUGGAGUUCAAUUGGAGCUGGAGAGUUAGAGGGAUGAUACAGUCCUCUUAAAAGGUCCAAUGUCGAUACUGAGCUGAUUUUGAUUCUGACGAUAUAGAAGUGUCGCAGACAUCAAUAAACCACGAUAUUCUAAAAUUGUAUUAAGUCUCGAUUAACC